UGGUUCGACCGUUUCAGCCGCGGUUAUCCACCCUCAGCUGCCGCCGUCCGAGCCCCAGUGGACAGCAGUUGCGACAGUGGUUCGACCGUUGCAAGCCGUUCAGCCGCGGUUAUCCACCCUCAGCUGCCGCCGUCCGAGCCCCAGUGGACAGCAGUUGCGAGCCCCGUAAGAAGUUCGCAAAAGUGGUUCGCUGCUGUGGGAGAGCGCAGUGGUUCGCUGCUGUGGGAGAGCGUACGGAGAUCUGCUCAGGGAUAUUCUCGCCCACGGUGGAUCUCAGCCGUUGGUGAACGGACUAAGGCCUGGCGGGGCUUGUGGGCUCGCGAGUUGGUGCCGGCGAAAGGAGGUGGCUACUCGACCGGUUGCUCGCUCGUGUCGGCGUCA